AUGGCUUCUUUUCAGGGUCGCGCAGACGUCUUGAGCGUGAAUGUAGCAGCGCCAGUGAAACGUGGCCCUCUAUCCGGACCCAUAUUCUCGCUGGAUAUCGGUGAUGCCUCGGGCAACCACCAUGCCUUCCAGUCUCUAUUUGCUAGAGACGUUGCGCCGAGCGAUUGUAAUGAUCCGGCGCAGAAGCGACGGAAAAUUACGAAUGGAACAGCAGUUUCAAUCCACCAGGUUGAGACCGAUUCCAACAAGAGUGUGGUAUUAGCCAAAGUCUCGCUGGAUCUAAACUCCCGAGUUCCAGCUGCUUCGCUACAUUCAUCGCAAAAUUUCGCUGCCGUUUCACUCGAAAGAUUCGACAUCAAUCCUCGGGCGCCGAAUGCCUUCCGCAUCGUUCUUUGUAACAUCAGGAGUAGGACAGGCGUUGAGGUCAUUGCCACCACCAGUACCGACUUUCUCGAAUCGGCCAAGCCACAUCUCGCAAUAGCCGCUUCAUUAUUGCAGAAGAAACCGGCCUUUCGAGCAGUGUUCUGCCACUGUCGAAUCGCUUCACCUGCACAAGGUUACAGCGCUUACAGGCUUGAGGUAGAAAUCAGAUGGUCUUUGGGCAUAUCAGUCGUGGAAGAUCCCGCCGUUACUGCUCACUAUAUGAGAGAAGACCUACAAUUACUGUCAAAGUACUUUCGAGACGGGGAUGUUGAGGAGAGUAGGGAAUGGGCGCUAUCAGACUUCUAUGAUGCGGUCCACAUACCACCGUUUGAUCUGGAGAUCUCGCCGCGCAUACGAGGGAGUCUCAUGGAGACAACUCUAUAUCCGUUCCAACAAAGAGCAGUGGAUUGGUUGCUUCGCCGGGAAGGUGUUACCUUUUCGUCCUUAGGUGAGCUAGAAACAUUCACGGAGCCAGCUCCGCCGUCGUCAUUCAGAUCGACCCAGGAUGUGACAGGGAGGCAGUGCCACGUCAGUAAUCUUCGAGGCAAAGUUGUUGCCAGUCUUGACGACGCCAAAGACGAUCCCUCAUAA